ACAGGGGUAUGGAUUCCAGACAAAGACAUAGUCUGGCGUGCUGGAAUUGUUGUCGGCCCCAUUAAGGAUAACAAAUUACGAGUAUUUUUAGACAAUGGUUCGGUAAGUACUUUAGCUACCGUAGAUGUUAAAAAACCUGAAGAUCUGCCUCCUUUGCGAAAUCCUGACAUCUUGAUUGGUGCUGAUGACUUGACAUCGCUUAGUUAUUUACACGAGCCAGCAGUUUUAUACAAUCUGCAAUAUCGUUUCCUCAACACAACAAUAUAUACCUACUGUGGUAUCGUCUUAGUAGCCAUAAAUCCGUAUGAAUCAUUACCAAUAUACGGAGAGGAUUUUAUCAUGCAGUAUCGCGGUCAAACUAUGGGCGAACUAGAUCCUCAUAUCUUUGCUGUUGCUGAAGAUGCUUUUAGCGCAAUGACAAGGGAUAACGAAAAUCAAAGUGUUAUUAUUAGUGGAGAAUCUGGUGCUGGUAAAACGGUUAGUGCUAGGUUUACAAUGAGAUAUUUGGCUGCUGUCGGUGGAUCAUCGAGUGAAACGCAGGUCGAAAGGAAAGUCUUAGCAUCAAAUCCUAUUAUGGAGUCCUUCGGCAAUGCAAAGACGACGCGAAACGAUAAUAGUAGCAGAUUUGGAAAAUUUAUAGAAAUCAAUUUUGAUAAAAAUCAAGGGAUUACUGGAGCCAAUAUGAGAACCUAUUUGUUGGAGAAGUCUAGAGUUGUUUACCAAGCUGAACAGGAAAGAAAUUAUCAUAUUUUCUAUCAGCUUUGCGAGUCACGCCAAUUACCGUAUCUAGAAGAAUUAAGUUUAGAAAAUGCAAUGGAUUUCUAUUACACCCAACAAGGCGGUAAUCCUGUUGUUGACACUAUAGACGACAAAGAUAGUCUACAAUCCACUAUAGACGCUUUUGAAAUUCUUGGUGUAACCUCAGAACAUCAACGCGUUAUUUUUCGUUCAGUUGCUGCUGUCCUGCAUCUGGGAAAUGUCAAAUUUGUGACGUUAGAUGAUGAGCCGGAUGAAUGUUUUAUAAUGGAUGACGAUCCAAGUUUAGCGAAUGUUGUGGAAUUAUUAGGUAUUAAUUUUCCGCAACUACAGAAAUGGUUAUGUAAUAGAAAAAUUUCUACGAUGCAUGAGAUAAUCACUAAACCAUUAACCCCGAAACAGGCUGCUACAGCUCGUGAUGGAUUAGCAAAACUUAUCUAUUCGAAGUUAUUUGACUGGAUUGUCCAAACUGUUAACGAAGUUCUAGCUGCGACCGUGAAAGCGAAUUCGUUUAUAGGUGUACUGGAUAUAUACGGCUUCGAAUUUUUUGAAUGGAACAGCUUUGAACAAUUUUGCAUCAAUUUCGCAAACGAGAAACUUCAACAGCAAUUCUGUAUGCACGUUUUCAAAUUAGAACAAGAAGAAUAUAUAAAAGAAGAGAUAGAAUGGACUUUUAUUGACUUUUAUGACAAUCAACCUUGUAUUGACCUAGUUGAAGGAAAAAUGGGAAUUAUUGCGUUAUUAGAUGAAGAAUGCAAGGUACAAGGAACUGAUAAAAACUGGAUUCAGAAGUUAUAUAACAAUUUCGGCAAUAAAAAGCAUGACUAUUUCAGCAAGCCUAGGACUUCACAAUCUUCCUUUAUCGUUCAUCAUUUUUGCGGCAAUGUUACAUAUGAAUGUUAUGGAUUUAUAGAAAAAAAUAAAGAUGUUAUUUUUGAAGAAUACCUAUCAAUUUUAAGAGCGAGUGAGUUUGAAAUUGUAGCCGAAAUGUUCCACGAAGCAACUGAAGAAAGAUCACGUGGUUCUACUUCAAGUGGUUCUCGUAUUCGUUCUUCUUCGGCUGGCAGAUUACGUUUAGGAAAUGAAAAGAAAAGACUUAAAACUGUUGGCUCACAGUUUAUUGGCUCAGUUGGUCAGCUAAUGACGACAUUAAACAACACCAAGCCUCAUUACGUCCGUACGAUAAAGCCUAAUGAACGAAAAGCUCCAUUUACGUUUGAGCCGACGUUAUCGGUUCAGCAGUUGCGAGCUUGUGGUAUUAUAGAAACUAUCAAAAUCAGCGCAGCUGGGUUCCCAUCAAGGUGGACCUAUAUGGACUUCUAUACGCGCUAUCGAGUUCUUGCAAAGCUAUCUAGCGAUAUCGAUCGAAAUGAUUUAAAGGGCACUUGUUCCAAUAUAGUAAAGAGUUAUAUUUCGGACGCCGAUAAAAUUCAGCUUGGCAAAACUAAAAUUUUCUUUAGACCAGGACAGGUCGCCUAUUUAGAGAAGUUGCGCAGUGACAAAUUAAAUCGUACAAGUAUCAUGAUCCAAAAAUUUAUCAAAGGCUGGCGGCAAAGGAGACGUUAUCAACAGUUACGAAACUCAACAAUCAAGAUCCAAUCACUUUACCGUGGCUUAUGCGCGCGACGGUUGCUACUAUUUCUAUGUCAAACCAAAGCUUCAACUGUUAUUCAAAAACGAUUUCGAGGAUUUCGUGCUCGAAAGGCAUAUAAGUUGUUACGACAAGUUAUCAUCCAGAUGCAGUGUUUAACAAGGAUCAAAUUUGCUCGCAAAAAAUACGUACACCUACUAAGAAAUAAAAAAGCAAUUAUUAUUCAAAGAAACGUGCGUUGUUGGAUGGAGAAAGCGAGAUAUUAUCGAACUCUUAAAGCGAUCAUUUUAUUGCAAUGCUGUUUAAGGCGGCUAAUUGCGAAAAGACAAUUAAAGAAAUUAAAGAUCGAAGCUCGUUCUGUUGCUCACCUGCAAGAAUUACAGAAGGGUAUGGAAAAUAAAAUUAUUUCAUUACAGCGCCGUUUAACGGAACAGGUAAGCCGAAUCACAUUACUAACAAUGUUCAUUUGCUUUCAUAAUAAUGAAUAUACUCGGGAAACCGAUGAUUUAAAAAAACAGUUAACUUCUUUCAGUGAAGUUAAAAGUAGUCUGGCUGCAGCUCUUAAACGUAUUGAUGUUCUAGAAGCUGAAAUAGAAUCUGCUAAAUCGGAGUUAGAAAAUAGUAAUAAACGAUAUGAUGAUGUCCUGACUGCAGCAGAAGAAACAGAAUUAAUCAUGCAAAAGCUAUCAUUAGUAGAAAGUCAACUUAAAGAACAACAGGAAAUCGAAACAGAAAAUAGUAAGCUAAAGGAAGAAUUGCAUUUAACUGUGGUUCAACGAGAUGAACAUAAGACCGAAUUAGAGCAGACUAGAGAACACUAUCAGCGCCAUCUGAAGGAUCAUGCAAGAUUAGAACAGAGAUUCGAUAAUCUACAAGAAGAAAUGGAGCUACAGCAAAAGCAACAGCGAGCAAUGAAUGAAAAGUUUGCGGGUGUAGUUUCCGGGAUCGAUUUAGAUGUUGAUGGCUUAGGAAAUGUUCUGUCCGCGAUGAAAAUAAAGUACGAAAUGGUUAAGAACGAAAGAGACAAAUUAGAACAAGAAUUGAAGAACCUAGCUGAAAUUCGUGGUAAAACCAGAACUCGUUUACUGAAAAAUGAAGUGGAGAGAUUAUCACAGAUGGAGAGACAAUAUUGGGAACUCGUUACAGUUAAUAGUCUGUUACGUCAUCACGCUGUAACUGUAGUGGGCAAGUCUGAGAAGGAGAUAGCGAAAGAUCUAGAUAAGGCCUUGGUGGAAAACGAAAAGUUGAAAAAGCAGCUUGCAACUGCAAAAACCGGCCACAAUGACCAAGAUACCGCGAAGGAAAAUAUAAAAGAUUAUAAAUACAAAAUUGAUGAUCCACUCCUUGAAUAUGAUGGAGAUCUGAAUGCACUAAUUGGAGCUAAUAAAUAUUUGAGAGCUGCCGUUCGUGAUCUUGAACAAAAAUCAGAAAAUCAGCGAAAUAAUAACGAAAUUGUAGUUGAAAAUGAACAAGUAAAAGAAGUAGUUGCCGAGAAUGAGGAAUUGCGACUUCGUUGCAGUAGUAUGGAAGCCAAUAUAGAAUCACUGAAAAGUCAAAUUAGGAGGGAGUUCCGAAAGAUGGGUAAUAGCGAUGAAGUAUCUAAAAAACGUGCUAGCAGUUUGUUCGCUAGUGGUAGGCAACCACGUAUAACUGGACCAAAUGCAGGACUUGUUAUGAGAUCUGUCUCUAUUGAUAAACCACCAGUCGCUGACGAUGUUAACGGUAACGUUAACAUUAAUGACAGUAAUAAAAACGAAGAUAAGAAUGAAAGUAAAGAUGUAACAAGAACUGAAAUUGAUAAACCAAAAUCGAAAGUGAGCAAUUCGCACGACACAGUAGAUGGAAAUAUUAAAAUUAAACACCGCUCACAUGAGAGGAAAUGUUGGAUUCAAUUUCGUCGACAAGAUAUCGGAAAUUUUAUCAAGCAGCUUGUACAUGCUAAGCCUGAUAUGAUACCAGAUGGUAUUCCUACAUCGCCUGCAUUCAUAACCUUUAUGUGCUUACGUUAUGCUGAUUAUAAUAAUGACGAUCGUAGCAUACAAGGUUUACUGACCAACUACAUCAAUGGUAUUAGAGCUGUCAUUAAAAAGUCGAAAAGUAACAUUAAUAUGACAAUAUUUUGGUUAGCCAAUACUUGCCGAUUAACUCACUUAAUCAAGCAAUACAGUGGUGAUGAAUUGGCGGAAGGAGGGGAAGAAAAUCAACGUUGGAAUUUACAAAAUUUUAACUUGGAUGACUACUGUCAAGUACUUACUGAUUUAUCUGUUAGAAUUUACCAUGAGUUACUCAGAACUGUACAUGAAAAGUUGCAAACGAUCAUCAUAAAGGCCAUGCUUGAGGCUGAAUUAAUACCUGAUGUUUCACCAUCGAAGCAAUUCUUUAAGAGUCAUCCUAGUAAAGCACAGAGUGGUAUUAAUGUAACAACUAUAACUAAGAUCUUAGUUGAUCUGUUAACAGUUCUCAAAGAAUUCGAUAUUGACGCGGAAGUGAUUAAGCAAGUUUUCAGACAAAUCUUUUACUUUAUUGCUGCAUAUAUGCUUAAUAACAUGUUAUUAAGAAAAGAUAUGUGUAACUGGUCCAAAGGAAUGCAAAUUCGCUAUAACAUUAGUCAAUUAGAGGAAUGGUGCCGAGACAAUGAUUUAUCGGAAAGCGGUGCCAUAGAAUCACUUGAGUAUGUAACACAAGCGACACAAUUAUUGCAAGUUAGCAAGAAGACUAAAGAAGAUGUUGAUGGAAUCUUUGAUAUGUGUAACAGAUUAAACCCGCUACAGAUCCAGAAAAUUCUAACUAUGUAUAUGCCAAUAAGCGAAUUUGAAGAUCGAGUGCCCGCUUCUAUAAUACAAUAUGUAGCAGCCCGCGGCGGUACCCAAAACUCAAAUUAUCGUCUAAUGAUGGACUUAACUUAUAUGUUUCCGGUUACAUUCUUAUUUGCUCAAUCUCUUACUAAGCUCGAAGAUGUUUUGAUUCCAGAAGGAUUAAAGCUACAGCAAUACCUGACAAUACAGUAA